AUACUCGGUUUAUGUUAUACGGGAAAGGCGUUGCUUAACCAAAACACACAUCUGUUGAACAGACAGACACGGAUAUCCAGACAAGAUGAGAGACUGUUGUGGGCUUUUGACGUUGAAAAAUGAACCAGUGCCUCUGAAGGGGAUCACUGUGCAGGUGAAGGUCCAAGGCUUUGUAGCGGAUGUCUGCUCCACUCUCAGCUAUGAGAACUCAGAGUCCAGCCCGGUGGAGGCUGUCUUCGUGUUUCCCAUGGAGGAGGACUCCUCGGUCUACGACUUCCACGCCGAGAUCGGGGGGGUCAAAAUCCAAGCUGAGAUCCGAGAGAAACAGGAGGCGCGUGACACCUAUGACGACGCCUUGAGCAGCGGACAGCAAGCCUUCCUAUUGGAGGAGAGCGAUGAGAGCCGGGACGUGUUCAGGCUGAGCGUGGGCAGUCUGCCCGCGGGUCAGAAAGCGUCUGUCUGUCUGUCCUACGUGACAGAGCUGGCUGUGGAAGCGGACGGGGCUCUGAGAUACUGCCUGCCUGCCGUCCUGAACCCCCGAUACACCCCUGCUGGCUCCGAGUCCCUGACUGCUCCAGUGUCCGGAGCCUCUGGAGGGCCGGUGCCCUACUCUCUAUCUUUCAGUGCCCACCUCGCCUCUCCCAGUGGAGUCGCCCAGGUGAAAUCCAACUGUGACCUCACGCCUCUGGAGUACCUCGGAGACGACAAGACCCAGGCCCAGGUCUCGCUGUCUCCAGGUCACAUGUUUGACCGGGAUGUGGAGCUGCUGGUUUACUACAGCCACCCCCACCAGCCCACUGCUAUUCUGGAGGGAGGGCUCGCCUCGGCCACGCCCGGCUCACUGAUGGGGGACCCGCUGGUGAUGCUCAGCCUCUACCCAGAAUUCCCUGCGGCUGCGUCGACGCCCCAGUCCAGCUGUGGAGAGUUCAUCUUCCUGGUGGAUCGCUCGGGCAGCAUGGACUGUCCAAUGAGCAGUGAGAAAGCAGAUCCAAAACGCAUUCAAAGCGCCCGGGACACCUUGUUGCUUCUUCUCAAGAGCCUGCCCCUGGGCUGUUUCUUCAAUAUCUACGGCUUUGGGUCACACUUCGAGGCGUUCUUCCCGGAGAGUGUUGCGUACACUCAGCAGACGAUGGACGAUGCUCUGGGGAAGGUGAAAGGGAUGGGAGCUGAUUUUGGAGGGACGGAGAUCCUGGAGCCACUGAAAGACAUUUACAGCAAAGCCUGCCGACCAGGACACCCCAGACAGCUGUUUGUCUUCACAGAUGGAGAAGUAGGGAACACAAAGUAUGUCAUUAAUGAAGUCAAGAAGCAUGCUGGCACACACAGGUGCUUCACGUUUGGGAUUGGAGAAGGAGCCUCCACGGCUCUGAUCAAAGGCAUGGCACGGGCAGGAUCAGGUCACCCUGAGUUCAUUACGGGCCAGGACAGGAUGCAGCCCAAGGUGAUGCAGAGUCUGAGAUUCGCACUCCAGCCCGCUGUCAGUAACAUUGUCCUCGACUGGGACGUCCCGGCUGGACUGGAGGUCGUUCCUGUGUCUGAAACGCCAAAGGUCCUCUUCCGGGGUCACAGGUCAAUCCUGUACGCGCAGCUCAAAGGAAAGUUUGACGAGAGUGCGUUGGGUCGAGCGAGUCUUCAGUACAGUCUGGGAGACGAGCCCCACAAAACAGAGAUCAGCUUCAAACUGCAGCCGGACAAGCACACUGGACUGACGACUCACCGCCUGGCCGCACGGACUCUGAUCCGCUCCCUGGAGGAAGGAGGGAGCGUGGAGGGAGAGGGCGGAGACAAGGUGAAGGAGAGAGUGGUGAAGAUUAGCACUGAGGCCCGAGUCAUCUCAACGCACACUGCCUUCGUCGCUGUGAACAAGGACCUGAAUCAGGCUGUGCAGGGACCUCUGAUCCACAGGAACAUCAGGCCACAAAUGAGGAUGCGUUCUUCCAAAAUGCUGAUGCAGUCUUGUAUGAUGCAGUCGUGUUCCAUUCCAAAGAUCAGAGUGCGUGGUGGUGGCUUUGGCGCUCCUGCAAAUUUCCAACCAAAGGCAAUGCGGCUGGGUGGAGCAUCUGCAGCUAUGCCACCAAUGGUAAUGCAGCAGCGGUGUGCCCAGAUGAGUUAUUGUGCUGUCAAUAAGUGCGAUGAAACUGGGCCAGAACUGGAAAAAGAGGACCCCGUGCUAACGCUGAUCUCCCUGCAGAGAGCCGACGGCUCCUGGGAGCUCAACGAAUCGCUCGUUUCUGUGUUUGAGAAAACGGAGCAAGAAGCCAUCAGCAAAAUGCCAGCCGAGGUGAGUGACAGGGCCGUGUGGGCGACGGUGCUGGCGUUGCUAUGGCUACACGGCUUCAGGGCGGAUCUAAAGGAGGAGUGGGAGUUCCUGGCAAAGAAAGCGCUCUCCUGGGUCAAAGCACAAGCAGGGGCCAGUUUGAAGUCGUGUCUGGAAGCAGGGAACAGUCUCCUUGGCUCCAAGGUGGAGCCACAGACACUCUCUCUGUGACGGUCCAGACCUCAAAGAGCCUCGAUCAGCCUUCUAUCCCCACUGCAGCAAGCCAGCUCCUGCUUUGAACAGCACACUGAAUAUUUAGCUGUGUGGAAACGCUAUAUCUGCUUCCUCAAAGAGCCUCAAUCAGCCUUCGAUCCAGCUACCCACUCCGCUUCUUCAAAAGCAGCAAUUGUACUGGAGGUCUGUGGGUAGAGAAAUGUUUGAUUUAGAGAAAAAUGCACAGCCAGCGUGAUAUUAUACUAACAUACAGGGCCUUUUCAUUCAGUGCUGUUUUUUUAAAAUAUGUUAUUGAUAAUGGCUUCGUCUAGAUAUAUUCUGUAUGUUUCUUAUGCUUGAUCGUUUCACGUUAUUGACACAAAAAAUACUUUUAUGCGUUGCGCUUGAAGCUGGAAUUACUGCAUAUAACCAGAAAUCUCUUGAAACUUCCAUCGGUUUUGUGCACGUUAUUUUGUGUUGCCUCUGUUACUGUUUCAAAGCAGUGCUGUAAAUGAAGACGGCACUGAGGAUACUAAGCCUUUAAGAAACCUUGUUCUCAAAACAACAUGCCAAACAACAACAACUGUGUUGCUCCUUUUACCAAACGUCUUUAUUUUCACUCGGCCAAAGCCACUUCCUUCCUGUGUUACAUGCAUUAGGGUCCCACUGGAGCCUUGUGUUCUGCUGCACACAACAGGAACCUGGUGGUGGGGUCCUUUUGUGUGUAAACACAGGAAGGAGUAUUACAGUAUGGUCUUGUGACAGGAGUAGGAGGCAAUUCAGAUCUUCCACAGAUUCUCUAUAUUCUGCAGCUACAUCAUCUCAUAAAGAUCACAAACAGACUGCUGAAGUGACCUUAGCUGUCCGGGUCUAGUUUAGUUAAAUGAACAGAUGUUUUGUCUCCUUUGAAAAGUAGGAGUGAAUUAAAGACUGGAGUUGAGGCUUUGAAAAUUUAAUUGGAAAUACUUAUCCCAUACGCUGUUUGUUAUGAUUUUUAUCAUUUUUGAUUUUUAUAAGCCAUCAUUUAUGCAAAUACUAAAUGCAUACGAUGCACAGAACACUCCACAGGUACGAGCUUUAAUGCGUGCAGUUAUUUGCAUGGUUUCCUGUAGAUAAAGAGUCACGGGAGUGAACGAUAAAGGUGCCUGGUAAUCAUGAAGAGUAAUCUGCUGAGCCUCGAGCAGCGGUUUUCAAAGUGGGGUGCGUGGACUAUAUCCUGGGAGUGCGCAAGAAGGAUUGUGUUUUUUAAAAUUAAAAUUGGGCUACGAUAUUUAU